GGCGGGAAGUAGUUGCCCGCAUCCUUUCUUCACAAAUUUUCCUCUGACCUUCUCUUUCCACUUGUGUCCCUAGCAGAGACCGCUUUAUUGAACGUCUGGAGUGGACUGCCUGCGCUGUGAAGAUCUCUUGAGGGCGAAGGCGAAACGAAAUCUUUGUGUUUGUUAUAACUGCGCACGCGUGUGCGAGAUUUGGCGCCGGAAUUUUCAUUUUGAGAAGACGAUUCAGUUCCUGAAGCAACACGGAGUCUGGUUUACAUAACAAUACCAGUGAUGCUAUGGAUAAGAAGAAUGUUCCCAUGUCUAAAGGGAGAUCAUCUUUCUUCGAAAUGUUCAAAACACGAUGCAGUGAAUCAGACUUAGGGCCAAUAAGUCGCAACUGGUUUGAAGAGCUGAGUUCAGAAGUUCCACCUUAUGACUGCAAAAUAUUAGAAGAUGCUGAAUAUAAAGCUAGCUGCCUGGAUCAACACACUUUUAAGAUGCCGAAGAAGAAGCUGUUUACAAAUAGCCAGUUAUCUUCAACGCCAGUGAUUUUUACAGAACAGAGUAAAAUCUCAUCACUGUUUGGUUCUCCAGUGAAAGAAAUGGAUCAGAGCAAAACAGAAGCAGGCAGAUCUGUUAGUGAAGCCCCUGCAACAAGGACAAGAUUGGAUCAAUCAAAUGAAGUAAUCAGUCCCCCUUCAAACACCUUUCUCAUUGCAAGCCCAGCUGUUUUAAGAAAUAUAUGUGGAACACCUCUAGGCAAUAAAUCUGCGUUAAAUGGAAGUUUGCUUUGUACGCCAAAAGUUUUUCAGGUUCAAACACCAAAAUGCAUUUCUGAAAGCUUGGGAGCAGAAGCAGAUCCUGAAAUGUCUUGGACAAGUUCAUUGGCUACACCCCCUACACUUUCCCCAACAGUAGUGAUAGCUACAGGAGAUAAGGCAGCUUCGGGGAAAAAACAACAUAAUGAAAGACUUGCUUUGAUCAUGCAAAGUCUUUUAUCCAAGUAUGGGAGAAGUCCUGAUAAAAGCAGUGUGAACAUACUGUCUACAACAGGUAUAGAAGACUUGUGUUCAGAAGAUGACAAGAACCCAAAUUUUGGAAAAUUAUUAGAUGGCUGCUUUGGAAUAGACAAACUUCCCAAUAAGUCAAGUGUAAAGUUAAACCAAAAGCCACCAAAUUGUUUGGAAGAUGAAAAGAUGCAUAAAAAAACUGACACUGCAGGAGAAAUUGAGAGUAGUUUUUCUAUAUGCCAUACAAGUGGCAAAACUUUCCAAAGAGAAAUGAAAACAGCCAAAUGGAGUAAAAAGAAUUAUUCUGAUGAAUCAAAACAUGAGGGUCUUCAAGAAAAUAAUGCAGCAAAAGAGGAGUCUAAAGAUGUCAAUACAGAAAAAUUUGAACCAGAGUUAAAUUCCUCAAAGUAUAAUCUGCACAGAAUGAUCAUUCCAGGUAACAGUACACAAAACCACUGUACCAAUCAAAUUAACAUAUAUGUAGAAAAAGAAAUGCCAUCUUCUGCACUCUCUGCAUUGUCUCAGUUGGACUUGUCUGGUCUUGAAAUAACACAACUGGAAAAAGUGUCUUCAUGUUAUAGUGGCUCACCUUCUAAUAUAUAUGCCAAGAAAAAUUCUGAAGACCGCAUACCAUCUACUGCCAAAGAGUGUGCUUGUACUAGUACUUUAGAAUCACGCAUACUGAACACAUCAAGUCUAAUAAAUGUCCACAAAUUAUUGAAGGCUAAUUCUCCAGAAAAACCAACAGGUUCCAAAAAUUCUCCAGUGCCCAUUGAAAUGAUAAACAACCAAACCCUUGUGAAAGGUUGUGAGACUAAGCCGGCUUCUGUCAUAAAUGACUCAGAAAAUGCUUCCUUCUUAAUGGAAAACACAACUUUUACAGAAUUCUUGGAAGCUCAUAGCAAUUGCCAUCAUAAAUACUCUAAAGAAAAUUCUAAAAUAUCUUGUGGCUCUCUUGGAGACAGUAUUUUUACACCGGCUGUUGGUGAUGGUGAAGGACUUAAGAAAUCAGGCUUGGCAACAAUGAGUUCGCUUUCCAGUUUUAAAAGGCGACCCAAAAAAUUUGUUUAUUCCCUAAAAGACACUUCAGUGUAUCAGGAAGAAGGAACUACACAGACAGAUGGAUCUUAUCUUGUGCCAUCUGGUGCAGAAUUAAAAUCUUCCAAUGCUGAAGUUUCUGGAACAGCCAUUGGGAAUGAAGGGCAAACUGAAGAACCUUCAAGUGGUGCUGACUAUGUUGAAGAGAGACAGAAAGCAGCAUUUCAGAAAAGCUGGACUUGGACUAACCCAACUCCACUCAGUAAAAAACCAACCAUAGGAAUGGAUCAGUUACCAAUUCUUCCAAACAUAGACAGGAAAAAUGACACAAAUCUGCCUUCUCAUCUCAUAGAUGCUAAUCAAGGAACCGAGUCAAGUGAAAACAAGAUCCACACAAGCAAAGAUAUUUCAGGAAAAGAAAAUAGUGAAAAAUGUGCCCAUCUCACAAACUGCGAUUCAUUCCAAGAAAGAAGUUCUGAGGAGUCUGAGUUGGCAGUGCAGGCACUGAAAAGGAGAAACAGGCAAGCAUCUUUGGGAUUAGUUGCACAGCAUUCUUUGGAAAGUAGCACUCAAAUGGCUGACCUUGGGAAUCUGUCAAAGACAAUAGCAAAGCCUAAUGUAAAUGAGCCUUCUAAUCUUGUAAUAUUGGAGAAAAGUUUAGAUCUGAGACAACCUCUUCUAGGUAAUGACAAGCAAAUACAAUUAGGACAUGCAAGUCAUAAUGGAAACCAAGGUUUUGCCAGCUUCAAAUCUUCAUCCAAUAAACAGAUAGCUCUUUCCGAAGAUAACAUCAGAAAAGGCAAAUUUCUAUUUAAAGACAUAGAAGAAGAAUUUCUUAAAGACUUUCCCUGUGAACAAAUGCAGUAUAUUUCAAAUCAAAAUGUACAAAAAAAUGCUGAAAUUUCUGCUGUUAGAAUGAAUACAUUAAACAAAAGCAUAUCCAACUUCUCACAUGUUUCUGAUUCACAAAUGAGUCUUAUUGAAUUAAGUGAUACCAAAAACAUGUGUCCUGCAUCUGUUCAGAAUGUGCUUAAAAAUCAACAACCUGAAGGAAAACAAAUUUUAACAGCAAGUGAAGAAGCAGAGGUUGCUGAGCUUUCUAAUAUACUGGAAGAAACAGGUAGUCAGUUUGAAUUUACACAACUUAGAAAGCAAAGGGCGGUACUGCAGAAUAGUGCUUGUAAAGUAUCUGGAAGCACAGAUAAAUAUGAAAUAACUAAACUGGAUCUAAAUUCUGAAGUAUGGAAAGAUGAUUUUAAGGAAAGCUGCAAACCAAAAUCCCAGAGAGACAGCAGUCGAUCACCACAUAAGUAUAGGGACACUACUGAAGAAUCUGUGAUACAGAAACAUACCAAUAAAGAACUUACAUCAGUUACUUUGUCAAGCAGAAAACAAAACGGGGGAUGCUCUGUUCCAGAUGCAUUAGCAUCUCUGCAUUGUAACUUGUCUGAUUUGGUGGAAUGUAGAUCAGCUGGGAGAAAAGAAAGUGCUGUUUCUAGUGAGAUUUUUAACAAACCUGCAGACUUAGUCUGUAAUCUAGAUGGAGUGGCUGAAAUGCAUAGCCUUCAUAGAACAAAGUUAAAAAAUAGUUCAAACAGAUGUGAUCCUUGCUGGAAUAAUCCUACAUGUAUGAAAGAAACAGGCAUUGAUUGGCAACAAAUGGUCAAAGGAGUAAGUGCUGAAUACAUGAUAAAAAAUAAUAUGAGAGAUGCUGUUAACUGUGUCAAAGAAAAUAUGGAAAAGUCAAAUGGAACAGGUUUUAAUGAAGACAAUAUUAUUCAUCUUUCUAGUACUACAGAAGUUAAUCUAAAAAUUGUUCAGAAGUAUUCUAUUCGUAUGACAGGAAAUGACUUGUCAACUACUGAAAACAAUCACAGCAUAUUAGUUGCACGUCACUUUAUAAACUGUGAAGAGACUCACUGUAAUGACUUGCAAGAAACUGUGUCUGACCUUACUUGUUUAUCUGAAGUUGCUAAAACUGAAGAGAAUUCCAUUUUGAAUAAUGCAAAUGAAAAAGAAAACCUAAAUUCUAAUCAAAAUUGUAAUCACCUAGAGAUGAAAAUGCACAAUCCAGAAGGUGGUUAUUUAGUAGUGGCUGAUCAGAAUAUUCUUGUCCCUCAGACAAGAAAGAAUAAAGCACUUCAUGUGUUGGCUGGCUGCUGUGUAGAAGAGCUAGAUGAUACAUCAUCAACUUCCUGUGGUAAGACGGAUGUUGGAAACAAGAAGGGGACCAUCACUUCUGUCAAAAAGAGUAUUGACUUAAAUCAAAAUGAAAACUUAAAGCACAAUAGUACAGUGGGAUUUUGCACAGCUAGUGGUAAGCAAAUUGCAAUCAGUGACAAAUCUUUAGCUAAGGCAAGGCAUAUUCUUUCAGAAGACAGUACUUUUCCAGAAAAAGAUGGUCUUAGUAAUUUUUUCAGCCUUGGCAAUCAACACUCAAUAAAAGGAAAAGAGAAUGAGAGCAUUACCAAAAUAAGAAAGGAAUCUGAAGAUAGAAUUGAAAAGUAUAAUGAAGUUCUAACUCUUAAAAGUGGUUCUGACAAUCCUCUAGACCUGCUGCCUGAUAACAUUACCAUUAAGCAGACUAGAAAUCCUGAUACAGUUAAAAAACUUUCUCUAGCGAUUAGUACAUCUGAAAGAAGGGAGGGAAAUGACAUAACAAAGGGCUUGAUGACUGAGAAUAUUCCAGCACAUGCCCUGAAUACAAUCGAUGCUUCAAGAAGUUUAUUUUUGUAUUCUGAUAAUCACCAAUGUUUACCUGUAGAAGAAGGGUCUGGUAUUUAUGCAAAACAAGAUACUCAGCAGCCAUUAUGUAGAAAUCCAAGUAACGUAUUCAUUAAUAACAAGAAUUGGGAUUUGAUGUCUUCAAAAACUAGUUCCUCUGUUUUAAAAAGUGAGUGUUCUGCAUUACACCAGUCAUUGGAUAAUAAUGACACAAAUUCCAAUGCAAAUAAUUUCAUUUGUAUGUCCCAGGCAACGUCACCAGAAUUUUUUAAUGCAGAAAAAAUUAGCAGCUUUAAAGAUGUACAAAAAAAUGUUGAUUUUAUAGACCAGGAAUGUGAUUUAAACUUACUGGACACAAACAACUUACUGAAAGAUCCAUCUAGUGAGGUAUCUGUCUCAGCACCCAAGCUUUCAACAACUAGGCCAGUUGCAUUCAGUACAGCAAAUGGUAAAGCUGUCAGAAUUUCUCAGGAAGCAUUAAAAAGGGUCAGACAGUUCCUUCAUACUGACUGUAAUGAAUCCAAAAAACAGAAUAUAGAAUUUCGAUCUGAAACUAGUAAACAUGGCAUUUUAGAAAGCGGUUCUGAUGCCUUAGGUACUUCUCUGAAAACUGCUGCAGAAAAUUCAGUUGCACCUCAACUUUCUGGAGCUGGGAAAUAUGGCUGGAAAGAUAAACAGUAUAUGGGACCCCUGUACUUGGAUGCUAGGCCUCAGUCAGGUUGUCAAACAUCAUGUUUUCAAAUGACUGAUAAGCUUUCUGACCCCUGGGCCUCCAGCAAACAGAAUCAUAUCAAAUCAGACUUUACUAGAGGCACUAGUAACUGUGAGUUUUUCAGCACAGCAAGUGGUAAGCCUGUACAGUUAGCUGGAGAGUCAUUUAAAAAAGCAAGACUACUUUUUUCUGAUAUUGAAGAAAAUAAUCCAUCAGUUCACCCAAGUCAUGUGUCAAAUGACAGUUAUGCUGAAAUGUUUUCUGUUGGAAAUAAAAUGACCCCUAGAAAAUGCAAACUGUUAAUGUCCCUUGGAGAGAGACUUCCAGACACUGAAGUAAAUCCACAGAUGUUUUGUGGCUUUAGCACAGCAAGUGGGAAACAAGUUCACGUCUCUGAGAAAGCUCUCCAGAAAGUUACAGGUUUCUUCAAAGAAAUGGAUGAUACCAGCAGCAAUAAUUACUUUGAAGAUGAACAAAAUUUACAGCAGGAUCAUAGUUCAUCCAUAGAAGCUCCUUGCGUAGAAGUUAAAGCUGAUGAUGAAGUCAUUUCAAAAUCUAAACCUCAAGAGAAGUGCAAUGCUCUUUAUUUAACCACAAGCAAUCCUAAUAAUAAGUCUAAAACACUAAAUGCUAAAAUACCUUCACUUGAAUCUCAUACUGAGAAGUACAAGCAGUUAGUGCAAUGGAAAAAACCCUUUCCAUAUACAAAGCAAAUGGGACCUCUGGAAAGAUACCAGCCUUGUCCAAAUAGGACAGAAAAUACAAAUGCAACAAAACACAAUACUGUUACUGAAGGAAACAUGGAUUCUUGUUAUACUCUGUACUCUAAAACUCCAGAAAAUGACUUUGAAACAGAAGCUUCAGAAAGUGCCAAAGCAUUUAUGGAAGAUGAUGAGCUCGCUGAUUCAGAAGUACAGAAAAAUAAAAGAACAUCAGUCGUCGUUUCUGGGGAAACUAGUCAUCUGCCAUUGAAUAUAAGAACUGGGAAAAGGCGCAUAGAAGAAGAAAACAAAUUUGGAGAACCUCCUAUUAAAAGAAAAUUGUUACCUGAAUUUGAUAGAUCACAAAGGCCUGACAAAUCAUCUCUGAAACCUUCAAAAACUACUCCAGAGGAUACAAUGAAUGACAGAAGGAAGUUCAAAUACAGUGUUGACUUAAAGCCUGUAGUCAGUGUCCCUUUCAGUUCAUCCAAAGAACGGCAAGAAGUUUUACAUCCAAAUCUUACCACACCAGACCAGGAUCUGAAAGGAACAAUAAGUAAAUCUAAUGGUAAUCAGCAAGAUAUAUCAACACCGUCUUUGAGCAGACCAUCUGCUUCUUGGAUGCCUUUUAGUAACAGUUUAGCUAAGGAAAGCGAGAAAACAGAAAAUGAUUUUAUUGCUCGAAAACCAGUCAAAGUCUUUGUACCACCUUUCAAAACAAAGUCAAGUGUUUCUGAGGAUGAAAUAGCUCACAGCAAAACAUAUGACUUACUGGGCAGAAAAAAUAUUAAUAAAAAGGAAAAGCUAAGUCCCACAAAGAUUGAGGAAGGCACUAUCAAACCCCAAGACAAUUCCCUUGAAGAUGACAAUGCCACACAAAUAUCUCCAGAGUAUUCAGAAUUCACAGACAUAAAUUCAGAUUUAACAAAAAUAGUAAAAGAUCUUCAGUAUGCCAGAAAUCUACAAGAAAUAAGAAUUAUAAAGAAAAAAAGGCAAAAAAUUUGCCCACUGCUGGGCAACCUAUAUCUUGUGAAAACAUCUGCUGGAGCACAUAGAAUUUCUCUUAAAGAUGCAGUGGACAAGAAAUUGCCGGGUUCUUAUUUUAGUAAGCAGUUAUAUAUGUUUGGUGUUUCCAAGCAGUGCAUAAAAAUUAACAGUACAAAUGCCGAAGAUUUUCAGUUUCUCAUCCAGGAUUUUUUCAGUAAAGAGUAUUUUCUAGAAAAGGAUGGGAUACAACUGGCUGAUGGAGGAUAUCUUGUUCCCACUGAUGAGGGGAAGGCAGGAAAAGAGGAAUUCUACAGGACUUUAUGUGACACACCUGGAGUGGAUCCAAAACUCAUUUCAAAAGCCUGGGUCUUCAACCACUAUAGAUGGAUUGUAUGGAAACUGGCAUCUAUGGAAGUUGCAUUUCCACAAGAAUUUGCCAACAAAUGCUUGACUCCAGAAAGAGUGCUAUUUCAGCUAAAGUACAGAUAUGAUGUGGAAGUUGACAAAAGUCAUCGAUCAGCCAUCAAAAGGAUUACAGAGAGAGAUGAUGUUGCUGGUAAAACACUCAUACUGUGCAUUUCUAAAAUUAUAUCAUUAAGUGCAGAUGUGUCUCACAUCUGUAACAAAAGCACUGUGGUGGAAAACAAACAAGAAGCGGCUGUGGUUGAAGUUACAGAUGGCUGGUAUGGGAUUAGGGCUGUCUUGGACUCUGCUCUGCAAUCAUUGUUGCGUGGAGAAAGGUUGCGUGUGGGUCAGAAGAUCAUUGUACAUGGAGCAGAACUUGUAGGUUCACAGGGCGCAUGCACUCCCUUGGAAGCAUCAGAAUCUCUCAUGUUAAAGAUUUCAGCUAACAGCACUCGACGUGCCCGAUGGUAUGCCAAAUUAGGAUAUCAUAGGGACCCCCGGCCUUUCUGCUUGCCUCUAUCAUCACUCCUUAGUGAUGGUGGAACUGUUGGUUGUGUUGAUGUCAUUAUUCAACGAGUUUACCCCACACAGUGGAUGGAAAAGUUAUCAGGGGGCUCCUAUGUGUUCCGUAAUGAAACAGCUGAAGAAAGAGAAGCUGCAAAGCAUAAAGAAAAUCAGCAGAAGACCAUGCAAGCAUUGCUUGCAAAAAUACAAGCUGAAUUUGAAAUGAAAGAGGGUGAAGGGAAAAGAUCACUGAGAUCUCGCAUGCUGACCAGACAACAGAUUCGCUCCCUGCAAGAUGGUGCAGAGCUUUAUGAGGCGGUUGCUAAUGCUCCUGAUCCAGCUUACAUGGAGGGCUAUUUCAGUGAGGAGCAAUUAAAAGCCUUGAAUAGUCACAGGCAGAUGGUAAAUGACAAAAAGCAAGCACAGAUAGAAGCAGAAUUCAGAAAAGCAGUGGAAUCUGCUGAGCAGGAGCACAGUUGCUGCAGAAGGAAUGUAACGACUGUAAUGAAACUACGUGUUGUGGGUUAUGAAAAAGGAGGUGGCAAAGAAGUUCUAUUGAACAUCUGGCGUCCAACAUCACAUAUUCAUGCCCUCCUAAAGGAAGGAUGUCGGUACAAAAUCUUCCAGCUAGUCGCAUCCCAAUCCAAAGGCAAGUUGGAGACAGCUAACAUUCAGCUAACGGCAACCAAGAAAACUCAGUAUCUACAGCUACCGGUCUCUCAGGAGAUUCUAGAGCAUAUUUACAUGCCGAGGGAGUGCCUGAGUUUCAGCAAGAUAUUGGAGCCCUCUUUCCAGCCAUCCUGCUCUGAAGUGGAUUUGGUGGGAUAUGUAGUUUCUCUCAGGAAAGGAACAGGUUCCUCUGUGUUGCAUUUGUCAGAUGAAAGUCAUAAUCUGAUAGCAAUCCAGAUCUGUACAGAUUUUAAGCAUCUUGCUGUUGAAGACAGUAUUGUCCCGACUAAGUUGAUUUCUGCAAGCAAUCUUAAGUGGCAACCUAAAUUUAGAGCAGACAUUCCAACAUUACUUGCUGGAGAUCUUACUGCAUUCUCCUCAAAUCCAAAGGAGAGACAUCUUCAAGAGCAAUUUAAUAAACUGAAAAAUGCUGUAGAGUCUAACAGCUAUUUUGGCAAAGAUGCACAACAGAAACUUACGAAUUUGCUUCAAGCAGCUGACCCACAAGCAUUUAACUUGCCCAAAGUAUGUGACUUCAAUUCUUUUCCUUUUCCCUGGAAAUCUGGUCCAAGAAAUACACAUUCAAUUGCAACUCCUACGAGUGAACUAAGAUAUCAAGGCCCACUGACAGUUGGAAAGCAGAAUUCAGCAUCAGUUCCACUAGACUCAGGAAAAAUUAUCCAAGAGCUACAAGAAACUUCUAAGAACCUUAAAAAGAGGAAAGCAAUGGACCUGCUCAGUCAAGUACCUUCCCCUCCUCCAGUGAAGCCUAUCAGCACAUUUGUUUCUCCAUCUCUGAAAAAAGCAUUUCAGCCACCUCGAAGUUGUGAUACCCAGCAUGCAAGACCAUUAGAACAGAAAGCUUGUAAGCCUGUUAAAAAACCUUCCUUGAAAAGAUUAAAUGAAAGCUGCUUUCCUCUAGAAAACAAUUUUGUUGCUGAUGAAGAACUUGCCAUGAUAAAUACACAAGCCCUUUUGAAUAAUGUACCAAAAGAGAAAAGUUGACUUUACAGAUAAAGUUACUACUUAUGCAGUACUUACGGAUUCACCAGUUAGCUGUUUUCCAAGAGCGACUUCUUCCCAGUCAGCUGGUAGAAAAAAUACAUUGCAAGAGAGUAGUGAAGGAACUGAGACUCCUGGAAGGGGAGGAGCAAGUGAAACUUCAUUGGCUGUGCAGCAGACAACAAAGAUGGAAAUAGUAAUAAAACCCUGUACAUUUAUUGUAUAUUUUAAUAUUUAAAGAACUCUUUAUUGGUUUCACUGUUUGCCUAUUGUACAUAAUUCAAUCCUGUUCAAAAUAAAGAUUUGUGGACUGAUUUGUCCUCAGAAAAAUGGAAUACUGA